GAUAGAUAGAUAGAUAGAUAGAUAGAUAGAUAGAUAGAUAGAUAGAUCGAAAGAAAGAAAGAAAGAAAGAAAGUGCAGUACCUGUAAAAUAACCGUACGUAUAUAAUUACUAUAUUAAACUUUGAUUAGUUGUGACCUGAUCACUGCUGAGCAGUCUGCAGCAGGCUCCCUGCUGGAGAGAAGCUGCUGCUGCUGCUCCAGUACAGAGGGGCUGUUCCCUUCAGCAGAUUCCAGCUCAGUCCGUCCAGAGCAGCAGCUGGGAUGACCGCUGAGGACUAAGGCAGCAACGGAACGGCGCAUUCAAAGGGAUGGCCUCUGCCGCAUAGCUGUUCUGGUGAUCCAGUCAAUGCAAAAAGAAAGAAGUAGAAACGCUGCGUCAAGUGACCUACCUUUGUCUUUCUCGAGGAAAAAAGCAGACGGGGGACAAACUAUAUUCACACCCGAAUAAGCAAAUGUGACCAUGUACAGUGUUGAGGACCUUCUUAUCUCUCAUGGAUACAAGCUGCCCAAACAUACCACCUCCUCAUCCACACCUACCCCAGACCAAGCGUCCUCCUCACAGCAGGCGUCCUCAUCCCCUCCGCCAACCUACAACAGACACCAUGAAGUAUUGGAAAACAGACCUGGCUCCAGAACAGUGAAUGGCAUCGAGAGAGGUCCAGACACAUCCUAUGGAAAUGGGGGUGGCAGCAAGCAGCCCCAACCAUACAGCAGUGGCUGCAUUAACAAUAACAAUGAACCCAGAGACAGGAGCCAGUCCAGACGGGAAGGCGAAGGUCGGGUCCAUGGUGAUACCCAUUCCUUGGGAGAGUCGCUGACCUCAGAUAGCGGAUUCUGCGAAGGUACCAGAGGUCCACAGUCGCAGUCCAAGGAUGUAUCAUACUGGAGGCGGAAAGGCCAAGAUUUUACAGUGUUGCUGGAUUACACUGACCCCAGAGAGUCUCAUGGAGGAAGAGGACAAGGAUGUCAAAGCAGGUUAGAGGGGUCUCAACAAGCUAGAGGCCAAGAGAUGUCUGCCGAGGACCGCCAGAGGGCAGCUAAGGAGAGGCAGCGCUGGGCAGCCCAAGUCCAAGCCCAGUCUCAGGCCCAGGCACAGGUCCAUGCAGAGGCCCAAGCUCAGGCUCGCUCCAAAGAAAGGGAGGCUGCUCUUCAUCAAUGGAAGAUUGCAACUGAAAGAAAGUGCAGUAGCCUAGGGGCAGACGAAUGGCGACCAGCUGUGCACUUUCGCCGACAACUGUCACAGAGUGAGGGUGAGCGGUGGGCAAAGGAUCAGCAGAGAUUCCAUGCCAGGACACCUGAAGGGAUGGUAGUACACCCAAGAACCAAAGCCAAAUCGCAGUCCCUGCCAAGGAUGUUGCAGCCUGAGAGCCUGCAAUAUGUGGACAUAGCCUCAUCUGGUCGGGAACUGUAUAGGCGGGUCAAUGGCCACCCACUUUCGCAGCAUGACCUUUCCAGGGUCCAUCGUUGGCCAGAGAAUGGCAGACCAGCUAGUGCACACCAACUCUCAAGGACACCAAAGUCUCGCUUCACCCGACCCCCAAGACCUCCCUCCUAUGAAAUGCACCAGCAGAUCAGGGGAAGCUAUGAGAUGUUGUCUGGGAGAGACUCAGCUACCAUUCCACAAACCAGGGAUAGAACCCCUCACCCCGUAUCAAGGACAGGUGACCUCCACUUGGACUAUUUUGCACAGGACUCUGGGCCUCCCGGUUACAUCCCCCCUCCAUCAUAUAAAAGAGCCCCUAUAAUGAUUGGUGGACACCAGGAAUAUGGUCAAAUUGCUGUUGACUACAGGUAUCAAGGUGAUGUGUACCAGCAGUUACACGCUGCUCCUGAUGGAUCUCACUGGUUCACCAGACACAAUGGAGGAUCUUGGAUUGAUCCACAGAGAGAGAGGAGCUUGUCCUGCCAGAAGCAGCUAUAUCCUGUAUAUACUUCCCAGGAGCAUACGGGCGGAGGUGUCCAGUAUAUUUCAUUUGAUGACCCACGUAUCCGGCAUAUUUCCUCUGCCCUGGGUGGCAAUUCCUUAACAGACGCUGAUAAGAUCCGCCACAUUCGCAACGAGCUUCCCAGUGUUACCGUGUCAGAACCUGCACCUGACGACAGUGCCUUUUUGCCCCCACCGCUGGGGCCAUUCAUUGCUGCGAAACUGGCUGAUGAUGCUCACCAGACAUCUUCUAGUAACUUUGUCAAUGACAAUAACAGGUGGCACAAAGAUUUGCACAAAGAGACUGUAGAUAACUUCCCAGCACCUGACCAAAACUGCAACAACAGAUAUGUUAAAAAACAACAUCAUUCUCCAUUACCCUCACAAGACUUUCAAGCUCCAAUAUCAAGAAGCUGUUCCCGCCAGGGAUCCGACCAGGUCUUUGCAGAAACGAUCACACAAGUUAAGAAAAUUUCACCAGAGUGUAGAUCUGAUAACAACAGGAACACUAAGAGAAGAGUAAGUGAGACAAUCUUUUGCCUUGUGUCUGUUCCCAUUCACACAUCCAUUAGCAUGAGCAAAGACUUGUCAGCAGAUCAGAACAACAAUGACACGUUACGAAGUCCGAGUGUCGCCAGCACUGAGACAUUCGCGGUAGGCCUGAGGGAGGGCCAAAACAUUCGUAGCAAAUCUGUGAACGAGAUUCCCAUCAAACCUCACUACUCCUCUCACCUACACAUCAGCAAUACAACGUCCAUGAAGAAUUACAAGAGAGCGCCGCUAAGAAAGGAGAUCAUAGAUGCAUGGGCACUUCAAGCCAGUCAAGACAAAGAGCUGUGCUACGCUGGUUCUUGGCCUGGGAACCAGUACCGUAAUCAGGAAACACAGACAGGCUCACCGGUGAAGGUGGUAAAAAGUCCAGAGGGCCAGACUCCUUCUGUGAAGAAGGAGUCUUCUCAGUCCGCCUCUGAUAAAACCACAGAUAUUGGCGUGGGAACCGACCACAUUUCCCCCUGCAGUUACCCCAUGAUUGGCCAGAAAGAUCUUCACCUUUCCAGCAACAGCGCCUUCUCUUGUCUCAGUCUCAACUCAACACACUCACCACUGUUACAACCAUCACAUCAACCGUUGCAGCAGGACCCAUUCUCUCCACCCAACACUCAUGAAGAGGCGGAGCAGCCAUCAUCUCCCAGGAAGAGCAACUCCAGCAACUCCGACAGUACAGACCAAGUUGCCUUUGGGCAGUUUCUCUUAAAGCCUGUGAACCGACGACCAUGUGAUGCUAUUGGUGAACUGGAGAGCAUAAAUAAGGAGAUGGAAGACACAAUCAGCAAGAGACCCAACAUGGGUCAAAGCAUUGAGUUUCUCGAUGGUAUGAAUAAUAGACUUAACCAGUUAAAGUCAGCACAUUUUAUUUCUGGUCCAGAACCAGGCAGGGAAGCGAUCAGCCUUCCACCAAUGCACAUCGAUAAACCCACCAGUAUAAAGGUCAGAUCAAAAUCCUUGAAUUCAACUAAUGAUAUGGAACCUGAAGAUGUAGGGAGGGCUUUCUCCCAGUUCCAGACCAACACCAGGACAUUAAACAACAACCCUUUGGUGCUACCUGAUACAUGCCUCAAAAACAACUGCCUCUUGUCUUCACUAUCCUCGCACAAUGAGUCAAACCACCUCUACAGACAGGACAUCCCAGUCCCUGAGGAAUCCAUGCUCAGGGACGUGGGGCUCACUGUGUACACAGAGACACCAGGUGGCCCUGGAGAGCCGAUGCAGCGAUCACUUUCGGUUCCAUUGCCACUUAUUCACAAGGAUAUACCGGAUCAGCUGCUGCGGGGUAGCAGGGAAGUGCUGGUGAAAAAAGGCAAUAGCUCCGAGCAUAUAUCAGCUAAGGACUACAAAGUCAACGUGGAUUUAGAGAGGAAUAACAACUUGGACAGUGUUCCACCAUUCAGGGAUGAGAGUGACUUCAACAAAAUCAAGAGGGAAAGCGGCAGAUCCCCAACUAAAGAAUGCUUGCUUGUCUCAAGGCUGACCAGAGAGACGUCCUUCAUGUUUGAAGAGAACGAUGAAAUUGAGAGAUAUGCCAUCCCAGAAGCUCUUACAUACAACAACGAAUCAACAGUAGCAGACCAACACCUCAAGAACUUGUUGAUUCAAGAGAAAGCAAACGCUUUACCUGCGGAGGACCUCAGCAACCUGUAUGAGAUUAAGUGCGCGCAAGGUAUACCUGAAAAUGAGUCCAUCGAGCAGCGGGCUGCAAGGAUUCUAGGCAUCGCCGUUCCCGUGGAGGCUUUAGGUGUGGCCGACAGGCAGUCCGAGGAAAACGAGGAUGAAGCAUACGCCACUGUAACUGUGAAGCCAUUAAGUUUAACUGAAGAAACCAAGCAGGUGUUAGAACCGUCUGAGCAAGUGAAUGAGGAGCAAUCGAUUGACCUUCAGACAGAGGAAGCAGAAGCAGAGGAGACACAGUUAGACAGUGAUCAGGAGAAUGGGGGAAGACAAAAACUCCACAACAAUGGUGAUCACAGCCAGGACGAAGAGAGUCCUUCAGCUGUAGUACUAGACCUGCCUGAGUUCCCACCCAGCCAUCUCCCCCUGUCCCUUCCAGUCAGCCCAGAACAGAAGUUGUCGCUGAGCAAGUGCAGCGGGGACAAAAAGGGACGAGGAGGAGCAUGCAAGCUAAUUGAAUCCCUGCAAGAUAAGCUAAACUCGUCGGCUUCUUCAACUGCUGCGUCUCCAGGAAGGCCAACUGCAGACAGAAUGACACGUUUGAAAGAGCUGGACUCGGUGUCUAGAAUUAGACGCCUCAGUCUAAAAGAGUUUGAAGCUGAGGUUGUUCCUGAUGAGACAAAAGAAGACAGAGAGGACGGGUACAUCGCAGAUGAUCAGGAAAAGGUUGAGAGCCUAGGAAAGGACAAGGAACCGGAUGAAGAAAGAAAGAACUCUGAAAAUAAUGGAGAUGCACACGAGACCGACGAUAAACUAGGAGAGACCAAAGACUGUAAAUCAGAAGUCAUAUGCAACGAUGAGCUAAGUCGACUGGAGGGAGCUGGAGAGUUGGUGGAAGGAGAUGAAAAGGACAGUAAUGAGACCAAUAAAGUGGGGGUCACAGUAAAAACAGAAGAGCCAUAUGGAAAGUUGGAGUUGAAAAUUGUAGAGGAUGAUGUAGAGAAGGCAGCAGGAAAACCAAAGGAUGGAGAGAAUGUUGAAGAGGGCAGCAAAGCUGAAUCGUUAGAAGAGACAGAAAGGAUGAGGAGACCCAAACCAAAGCAGCGUACCAGGCUCCAGAAGCCUCCUCUGCUCCCAAAACCUCGCAGCGUUCCUAAAAGGGAAAUAACACUGCCCCCCAGCUUCAGUUCUGGAUCCUCAAGUAUGGAGGACGAGAACAUGUUCUCUAUCUCAGACUCCUACGACCCCAGUCGGGUGGAGAGGGUGUAACCCUUUGACUCUUCCUUCGCCACUGUGGAAAUGCGUCUUUCUUAAGUUAACAGCCUAUCCCAGCAACAAAGGCUUUCAUUUCAUCUCGUGGCUCAGUCGGCCGUGACCCUCUCCAAUAUCGUCACACAUCACUUCUCACUGAAAUGACUGUCCUGAUGCUGCCAGGACAUUUUUACAUCCAAAUAUAGAAGUCCUGCCAAUUCUCUGGGUCUCUCUCAUAUUUGUUGUGUUUUCUCAAAGUUCAUUUGCCCACACAGGUGUAUUUUCCCCUUCUACUUCGUCAGGUUAAGUUUUUCCUUUUUUUGAAAAAAAAAAAAAAAAAUGCAUGUCGUUAUAUCCCUGUGUGCGCUCAGUCUCCUGUGUAAGCCUGGGUGCUGAACAAUGAAUGUAAAAGUGCUUCUGCUCAGCAAACACUAGAAAUGUAUUGUGUAAAAGUAAAAAAAAAAAAAAAUACAAAAAAAAUAUAACACGAA